AAUAAUAACCACGUACGCAUGACGCGCCUGCGAUCUGUAAAAUAAUGAGUCGCUUUGGGUUUUAUUUUGUUUUUCUCUUCUUGCUAGUGAAAAGCCCGAGCGUGAUUCUGUUCCUAUGUUUCGCUAUUUACGUUUACCUGCAUUACAGGACGCGAUAAGGAGGUUUUUGACCCCAUAGGACAUGGAGCGGGGAGAACGUUUUCCUCCCAGCAUCCAUGCUCCAUGCCAUCCCUCUUUUCAAAGCGCGUCACGGAUCUGUCGUCCUUGUCACCGCUGCUGUGGAUGGCGUCAGCCUGGAGUGAUAAAAAGCGCUGUUCCCGUCCCGGAGGUCGACAGCGAAAACCGGGUCAGAUGGAGCUGUUGCGUUACCGAGCCGCGAUAAGACCCGCGGGGCUGAUGAGAGAUCUUUAAAAGGCAGCGGGGAUGCUCGAAAACACGACACAGCUUCUGAUCACCCGACUACAGCGUUCAAAACAGCCGCUCUACUUGGAACCUUGUUAAAGUCCAGCUUUGUUCUCACCUGAUUGCUCCUGACACCAUCUUCUAAGGCUCUUGGACCAAUGGGUCUCUUUAUGUCUGUUUGGUUUAACGACAGGACAACUCAAAGGACCCCCCCAACUCCAUCGGCAUUUCUUCCGCUGACUGUCCCGACCUCUUCGCGCCUCGCCCUAAUCCUCGCCGCCUCCCCAAUAUCUCCAGUAGACAGACGCUCUCAUUGGAGCUCACAGUGCAGCUCCCCUCACUUCCUGUUGUCACCAUGCAAACAGGAAGUGACGCGAACGCCUGCUGAGAUGAGCAGCGAUGGGGUGAGGGCGGAGGUGGGUGUGAAGGGCGGGCUUCACCUGUGGGAAUUGUUGUGGAGCCCCAAACACAGAGGCAGCCACGCAGUCGUAGGAGUUUCCACGCUGGACUGUCCCCUGCAGGGCUCGGGCUACAACGUGCUCCUGGGAGGGGACUCCCAGUCUUGGGGAUGGGAGCUUGUAAGCAAUCAGCUGUGGCAUGCUGGGAAAAUGCUGGAGCCUUAUCCAGGUAAAGAGAAGAUGAUCCCCUCUACGAAUGCAGACAGUUUAGGACCAGAACUGUCUUCUUCCUCAAACACGAAGGAAUCAGCAGCAUUGCUCAUUCCUGAACGCGUCCUGCUGGUGUUGGACGCUGACGCAGGAACCCUGGGAUUUGUUGUUGAUGGGAACUUUCUCGGUGUAGCUUUUAAGGAUCUCCCUCGUGGGGUGGAACUGUUUCCAGCAGUAAGCAGCGUGAGGGGAGGAGCCCGAAUUCAGUUACGCUAUCUGAACGGCAGCACAUGUGAACCCCCACCCCUGAUGGCACUAUGUGGACUUUCUAUUCGCAGGGUUUUAGGAAACCAAGAGCAAAACCAUUUGAAGAAAUUGCCUUUACCACCCUAUCUCCAGCACUAUCUGUUUUGUUCUUACUAAUUUUGUGCACAAAAAAAGGGUUGUUUCACUCAUGUUUUUACAAGAUUCUGGUUAUUUCUGUUGAGGAAAUGAUUGUAAAUAGAAAGUGAUAUUUUGGAAAGUAUUUGUAUUCUUUGAAUGUAUUUUUUGCAUCCUCAAAAAAUGAGUGUUUCAGUUUUAGUUUAUGUAAAACAAUAAAGUCUAUUUUAUGUUAAUACACUGAACAUGGUCAAUUCCUGUGAGGGCGGGCUACACCCUGAAGUGGCGGCAAUUACCACUGUAAUUUAUGACUAAAUUUGUUGGUAUUUUACGUAAAGUUUUACUAAAAUGUACAGAGUCUUUAUAAACAUGUGUUUUAGCACCAUUAUGAAAAACACUGUGGCUUCUAUUGAAAACUGAAGAGAAUAAUAAAAAGGAACAACAUAAAACAAAGAUCAGACAACACCAAACCUACAAAACCCUGCAUUUGUUAAACAUACAUUCUUACAAGUGAAAAAACAUCCAAGCGUGAAAUCUUUGGUUUAGGUUUGACACGAAGUUAAUAAAAUGGCCAAAAUCCAAUAACUGUACCUUAAGCUUUCCAAGCACUGGAGUGCAAAAUGUAAAAAUCAAUAUUAGAACAUUGAGAACAAGAAUGAACACAGUGAAACGACAGUCUACUGUACAAGAAGGGAACAAAAGUUUGGUUCAGGUACACAGCCGUAUAAUGUUAGCAA